UUCCGCGCGCGCGUCCCCCGCUCGCCGCCGGCGGACUCUCCGGCGAGGGCGAGGGCGCCGCCGCUGUUUGUGUAGGUUGCCCCCGCCGUCCAUACUCUACUAUCCAUGGAGGGCAUCGAGGGGCUCCUGGCGGACUUCGGCGUGCGGCCGCAGGGCAAGGCCGCGCCCAUGGCCUCCGCCCGCUCUUCCCGCGCCCCCGCCGCCGCCGGAGCUGGAGCCGGAUCCGCCUGGCCCAACCCCAAAUCCACCCCCGCGCCGUCCUUUACCAACGGCCUCUUCGGCGCGCCCCCCGCCGCCUCCGCUUCCUUCGACUCGCUGUUCGGGUCGUCGUUCAAUGCGCCUACUAGUACUAGUACUACUACUUCAUCCGCCGCGGCGGCGGCGGCCACGGUGUACGACGACGACGACAUAUUCGGCGCGGUCCCCUGGCUGAGGCCGAGCUUCAGCCCGACGUCAUCCGCGGCGCGCUACGACGGCAGCGACGACGUGUUUGGGGGUGGCCGCGUGGCCGCGGCGGGCCCCGCGUUUGAUGACGUGUUCUCCACCAACCGCUCGGCGCCGCCGCCGCCGUCAUCGUACGACGACAUCCUAGGGGGGUUCGGGGUGAAGCCGCAGGCGGGGGAGAGGAGGUCGGUGGUGGUUGAGGAUGACGACCUGCUCGGAGGGUUCGGGAGGAAUCCGCACGCGGAGGCGGAGAAGAAGCCGGCGGUGGUCGAGGAGGUUAAUGGGGGAGGCGGUUUCGAUGAUCUGAUUCCGGGGUUCGCAGGGAGCAGCCCACCGCGGAACAGGAAGAUUAUUGAUGAUAACAAAAAUGAGCCAGCAGUUCGAACUUCUAAAUCAACAGCCAGCAUAGUAGAUGACCCAUUUGUUGUUCUAGAAACAAAUUCUGCCUCAGGUUCAACAUAUCAGUCCCCUGGUGGCUUUACAGAUCCCUUGGAACAUCUGGGUAAUUCUGAAAGCUCUAAAGGCAAGAAUGUUGAUAAUACUACUGAUAAUGAUAGUCUGCAUGAUGAUUCAAAAUCAGAUCCUUUAUUUACCUCAGAAUUCAAUGGUGACACCAAAGAUAUGAAUCCACCAAGCAAAGACCGAGACUCAAACCCUCUACAUAGUUCAAUGAACGAAAAUUCAGCACGAAGAUCUUCUAUUGAGGACUUAGGAGACGUCAUGCCAACGUCACAGUCUGCAAGGUACUCUGAUAUUUAUGUUGAUGGCAUGAGUUCAGAGAGAUUAACUACUAAUGGCAUGGGAGAUCAGUCACCGAGAUCUACUGAAUCCGAAGAUGAUGUAUGGCUUACAGUUUCUGAGAUUCCCCUCUUCACACUGCCAACUAGUGCUCCACCACCUUCAAGAUCACCACCUCUUCUUAAACAAAAACUUCCGCAAGCAAAAGUAAAUGGUAAUGAUGAUGAGUAUGUUUGGCGAUCAAACCGAAACCACAGCCAUUACAGAGAUUUUCCAGAUCAAGCAGAGGCUUCUUCGUUAGAUGAGAUGGAAGGUUUUGUGAAGGACAAGUCCCAAAGGCCUUCUUAUGACAACAAUUUCUUUGGAGAAGCUGAACAAUCUGAAAACAAAUCAUCUGAUCGUGAAGAGAAAGAAAGGCAGGCCAGACUGGAGCAGGAACGAGAAAUGAAACUGAUGGAGGAAAAGAAGAGAGAACAAAGACGACUUGAAAAGGAGAGAGAAUUGGAACAACAGAAAGAAAGAGAAAGACACGCCAUGGAGAGGGCCACGAAGGAGGCACGAGAGCGAGCUGCUGCUGAAGCUCGUGCAAAGGCUGAAAGGGAGGCCACCCAGCGUGCACAACGCGCUGCUGUGCAAAGGGCUCAACAGGAAGCCCGUGAGAGGGCUGCAGCUGAGGCUAAAGAAAAAGCUGCAAGGAUUGCAGCAGAGGCAAGGGAGAGAGCUGCUUCUGAAGCCAAGGAGAGAGAGAGGGCUGCGGCAGAAAGAGCUGCUGCUGAGAGAGUUCAGCAAGAAGCAAGGAAAAGAGCUGAACGUGCUGCAGUGGAAAGAGCUGCUGCUGAGGCUCGAGAAAGGCAGGCAGCAGCAGCAGCAGCUGCUGCUGCUAGAGAAAAACAGAGCUCAGCAGAUGAUCUUGAGUCUUUCUUUGGUGCGAGUGCGCGAGCAAAUAGUGCACCAAAGCAGAGGACGCCUACAGUGGAUUCUAUGUUUGAUUCUCAACCUCAAGGUAGAGGAACUGCUAAUGGAUCGCAGAGGUCAACCUCCACCUCAGCAUCUAUGAGAAAAGCCCCUUCAGCCACAAAUAUUGGGAAUGAUCUAUCUGACUUAUUUGGAGCCCCCACAUCAUCUGAUGUAUUCCAAGAAGUUGAGGGAGAGAGUGAAGAAAGAAGACGGGCUAGACUAGAACGUCAUCAGAGGACCCGUGAACGAGCGGCAAAAGCUCUGGCUGAAAAGAAUGAACGAGAUAUGCAGGUUCAGAGGGAACAAGCAGAAAGAGAUAGAAUUGCGGACACACUAGACUUCGAGAUCAGGAGAUGGGCAGCUGGAAAGGAGGGCAACUUGCGUGCUUUGUUAUCAACUUUACAAUUUAUACUUUGGCCAGAAUGUGGAUGGCAAGCAGUAUCCUUGACUGAUUUGAUUACUGGUGCCGCUGUUAAAAAGCAGUACAGAAAGGCAACAUUAUGCAUCCAUCCGGACAAGGUGCAACAGAAAGGUGCAACUCUUCAGCAGAAAUAUACUGCGGAGAAGGUGUUUGAUAUUCUUAAGGAGGCGUGGAACAAAUUCAACUCUGAGGAGCUCUUUUAGACUAAAACCAUCAUACGAAUACAAAUGGUCAGCCUAACUUUACCCACAUGAAGCACUGGAGGAACAAGGCAGAGAUGAGCAUGAAACAGUGCAGUAAUCGAGUGAAAACCCUACUAUAAUUACCCUUGUUUCGUUCUACACCCUUUGUGUUUUAUUCUCAUCUAUAUCUGUUCACUCCAUUGUACUUCAAGCCUUCAACUAUACCUCACACGUCGGUGGUGUACAUGUAGCUUCUGUUCAUUGAAUUAGUAAUGGCACGAUUUUUUGUUGGUUUUCACAGGAUACUAUAGGGUUAAGAACUUAAGAUACGUGUACAAAAAUUCUUUUAUAAAUUUUUUACAAACGCUUGUUGUGGCACUAUGGUAUUGAAUCUUGAUUUUUUCUAUAACUUCCAACUAAUUAAAUCCAAUCCAAUUGU